CACAGUCUGUGGCCUGGAAAAUCCCUGGCCAAGGUGAAAAGCUGUUACAGUUACUGAGGUACAACAGCUGAGAAAGUCUCUACAUUCAUUUUGCUGGUAAAGUAGAAUACAUUGUUGGGUUAUCCAAUUAAAAUGGCAGAGGUAGAAAGACAAAACAAACAAACAAAGCAGUUGGCCGGUUAGCAUUAGCAUUUUAGCUAGCUACAUUUGUAGGAAUAUGAAGAUGAACCGGAUACAAUGGCGGGAGAGGUAUCUGAGGAGGAAAGCGAGUCAACAAGCGUGAGUGGAAACAACAGCCCAAAUGAAAAAAAAAAAAAAAAAAAAAAAGAAGGAGAAAAAAUGCCUUGGAAACCAGGACCACCAUACUAAAUUAGAGAGUCAGGCCAAGAAGCUGUCAUGAUGCCAGAGAAAGACCAGGACCAAAACCACGACCCUCAAAUCCAGCUGCACCUGUCCCUCCGGGCCAGGGACUCCAAGGAAGAUGACACGGAAAUCCCACACCAGGAGAGUUCUGACCCCACUGUGCACAGAAAUGAAAGCACAGAAAUCGUGGAUAGAAAGAGCAUUCAGCAAGAGAGAAUGUGUUCAUAUCAUAGUGAGCGCCAAAGACCCCCAUAGGUGUUGCUGUGGCCGCCUGAUAGGUCAGCAUGUGGGCCUGCCCCCGGGCAUCUCAUCCAGUCAGAAUGAUAAGGCAGAGCGCUUGGCCAAGAAUGACAGCCUGUCGGAGAAGUGGUCGAUCAGCAAACACACGCAGCUCAGCCCCACCGAUGCCUUCGGCACUAUCGAGUUCCAGGGUGGAGGACACUCCAACAAAGCCAUGUAUGUACGUGUGUCGUAUGACACCAAGCCUGACCUGCUGCUCCACCUGAUGACGAAGGAGUGGCAGCUGGAUCUACCCAAGCUGCUCAUCUCAGUCCACGGGGGCCUGCAGAACUUUGAACUGCAGCCAAAACUGAAACAGGUCUUCGGCAAGGGGCUUAUCAAGGCUGCGAUGACCACCGGAGCCUGGAUCUUCACCGGAGGGGUCAACACAGGGGUCAUCCGCCAUGUGGGUGAUGCCCUGAAAGACCACGCCUCGAAGUCCCGGGGGAAGAUCUGCACCAUUGGCAUUGCCCCAUGGGGCAUAGUGGAAAACCAGGAGGAUCUAGUGGGCAAAGAUGUGGUGCGUCCAUACCAGACCAUGUCCAACCCUCUGAGCAAGCUGACGGUGCUGAACAGCCUCCACUCCCACUUCAUCCUGGCAGACAACGGCACCACAGGGAAGUACGGUGCCGAGGUCAAACUGCGACGCCAGCUGGAGAAACACAUCUCCCUACAAAAGAUCAACACACGUAUCGGUCAGGGUGUGCCUGUGGUGGCUCUGAUCGUCGAGGGAGGCCCUAAUGUGAUCUCCAUAGUGCUGGAGUACCUCAGGGACACGCCUCCGGUCCCUGUGGUGGUGUGUGACGGCAGCGGCAGAGCCUCAGAUAUCUUGGCCUUUGGACACAAAUACUCAGAGGAGGGAGGGAUAAUUAACGAGUCUUUAAGAGACCAGUUGCUGGUGACCAUCCAGAAGACUUUCACCUACAGUCGCACACAAGCCCAGCACCUCUUUAUCAUUCUGAUGGAGUGCAUGAAGAAGAAGGAGCUGAUAACGGUUUUCCGGAUGGGGUCAGAGGGUCAUCAAGACAUUGACCUUGCCAUCCUCACCGCACUGCUCAAAGGUGCCAAUGCUUCAGCUCCUGACCAGUUGAGUCUUGCUCUGGCCUGGAAUAGAGUGGACAUCGCUCGCAGUCAGAUCUUCAUCUAUGGACAACAGUGGCCUGUGGGUUCCCUGGAGCAGUCAAUGCUGGAUGCCUUAGUUCUGGACAGGGUGGACUUUGUCAAGCUGCUAAUUGAGAAUGGAGUCAGCAUGCACCGCUUCCUCACCCUCUCCAGACUGGAGGAGCUGUACAACACGAGACAUGGGCCGUCCAACACGCUGUAUCACCUUGUCAGAGACGUCAAAAAGGGUAACCUGCCGCCGGACUACCGCAUCAGCCUCAUUGACAUUGGAUUGGUCAUCGAAUACCUCAUGGGUGGAGCGUACCGGUGUAAUUACACCAGGAAGAGAUUCAGAACGCUAUACCACAACCUCUUCGGACCCAAGAGACCCAAAGCCCUGAAACUGCUGGGGAUGGAGGAUGACAUGCCGAUCCGCAGAGGCCGACAGAAGACGACACGUAAACGAGAAGAGGAGGUGGACAUCGAUUUGGAUGACCCCGAGAUCAACCACUUCCCCUUCCCCUUCCACGAGCUAAUGGUGUGGGCUGUCCUGAUGAAACGCCAGAAGAUGGCGCUGUUCUUCUGGCAGCAUGGCGAAGAGGCCAUGGCCAAAGCUCUGGUAGCCUGCAAGCUUUGCAAGGCCAUGGCGCAUGAAGCCUCUGAGAACGAUAUGGUGGAUGACAUCUCGCAGGAGCUCAACCACAACUCUAGAGAGUUUGGCCAGCUGGCAGUGGAGCUGCUCGACCAGUCCUAUAAACAGGAUGAACAGAUGGCCAUGAAGCUGCUGACGUACGAGCUGAAGAACUGGAGCAACGCCACCUGCCUGCAGCUGGCGGUAGCGGCCAAACACAGGGACUUCAUCGCUCACACCUGCAGUCAGAUGCUGCUGACCGACAUGUGGAUGGGACGCCUGCGCAUGCGCAAGAACUCUGGCCUGAAGGUGAUCCUUGGCCUGCUUUUGCCACCAUCCAUCCUGAGCCUGGAGUUCAAGAACAAGGAUGAGAUGUCCUACAUGCCCCAGGACCAGGAGGCCUACCUGCAGGAGAAGGAGGAGGAGGAGCCCGAGAAGCCAGUCAAGGAGAAGGAGGAGGAGGACAUGGAGUUCACAGUAAGAUCUUACUGUGAGACGCAGUACAACUCCGUGGCCAUGCUGGGUAAAGUUGCUACUGAGACAAACAGAAAGAAGGACGUUGAGGAGGUUCAGAACCGCCACCGCCUCAUCCCCAUGGGACGCAAGAUCUACGAGUUCUACAACGCUCCUAUUGUCAAGUUCUGGUUCCAUACGAUGGCAUAUGUGGGCUACCUGAUGCUGUUUAACUACAUCGUUCUCGUCAAGAUGGACCUGUGGCCUUCUCCUCAGGAGUGGAUUGUCAUCGCGUACAUCUUCACAAACGGCAUCGAGAAGAUGAGAGAGAUCCUCAUGUCAGAGCCAGGGAAGUUGUUACAGAAGGUGAAGGUCUGGCUUCAGGAGUACUGGAACAUCACAGACCUCAUGGCCAUCCUCAUCUUCUCUGUUGGCAUGGUGCUCCGCCUCCAGGAGCCACCGCUCAUGAGCUACGGGCGGGUCAUUUACUGUGUCAACAUCAUCUAUUGGUACAUCCGGCUGCUUGACAUCUUUGGGGUCAACAAGUACCUGGGCCCCUAUGUAAUGAUGAUCGGCAAGAUGAUGAUCGACAUGAUGUAUUUUGUGAUCAUCAUGCUGGUGGUGCUGAUGAGUUUUGGGGUGGCACGGCAAGCCAUCCUCAACCCCAAUGAGGACCCGUCCUGGAUGCUAGCCAGGAACAUCUUCUUCAUGCCCUACUGGAUGAUCUAUGGAGAGGUGUUUGCUGACCAGAUUGACCAUAUGCAUAGUAGGAAGUUACAGCACAGGCUGAAUGAAAAACUCUGGCUGGUCGAUAAUUACUUUCGAUCUCACGGAACCUGGCGUAAUAAUGGUCCAUCCCACAUUGCCCAGUGCAGUCAAAAUCCCACCCCCUGUGGCCAGAACAUCACAACAGAAGAUGGGGUGGUGGCCCUGCCUCCCUGUAAAACAGGUGCCUGGAUUGUCCCAGCCAUCAUGGCCUGCUAUCUGCUGGUGGCCAACAUACUGCUGGUCAACCUGCUCAUCGCUGUGUUCAACAACACGUUCUUCGAAGUGAAGUCCAUCUCCAACCAGGUUUGGAAGUUCCAGCGUUACCAGCUGAUCAUGACCUUCCAUGAGCGGCCUGUACUUCCUCCACCCCUCAUCAUUUUUAGUCAUAUGACAAUGGUCCUCAAGCACUUAUGCUGUCGCUGGCGCAAGCAUGACGACGACGAGAGGGACUAUGGGCUGAAGCUCUUCAUCACAGAGGAUGAACUGAAGAAGGUUCAUGACUUUGAAGAGCAAUGUAUAGAAGAGUACUUUCGAGAGAAAGAUGACCGGUUCAACUCGUCCAAUGAUGAGAGGAUCAGAGUCACUUCUGAGAGGGUGGAGAACAUGGCCAUGCGUCUUGAGGAAGUCAACGAGAGGGAACACUUCAUGAAGGCCUCGCUGCAGACUGUUGACAUUCGUCUGGCCCAAAUGGAAGAGCUGAUUGGUCGAAUUGCUGUAGCACUGGAGCGUGUGACAGGUGUUGAGCGUGGAGAGGUCAACAAAGCCCGUUCCCGGACCUCAUCUGACUGCACAGACUCAGCAUACAUACUCCGCCAGGGUGAGUGCCCUGAUACAGCCUACAUUCUCCGCCAAAGCAGCUUCAACAGCACAGAAGGGAAUGCCUACCGCCUGCAGGAAGCUCUGGAGGGAGGAGCAGAGGGCUCCAUGUCCCCUCCAUCUCCUACCGGCAUGGCUACACGGACAAGGAGUCACUCAUUCUAUGUCGGCGGAGGUCGUGGUGGUGAACGAGCAAGUGGAGCUGAGCGAGCGGAGAGCUUUUUCAAAGAACGCUCACUUAGUCUCCACCGAGCCAAUAGCUCACAGUCGGUGGCUUCAGCCGCUGCCCCCAAGGAGUCUAAGCCCCUCCCCCUGGCGACACUGUCGGUCUCCCAGCAGCACCGUCCAUCAUCAUGCAUUGAUAUCUAUGUCUCAACUUCUGAGGAGGUGGGGCCUGCCGAGGUCUUCCUGGAUCCUCUCCGUGUGGCCCCAUCCCUCCAGAGAGACUCGUCCCUCCAUUCAGAGAUCAUGGAGGCGGUGCUGUCGGGAGGCCGGGACUUCAACAGCGCUACCACCAGCGGUUUGGGCGACAGGCACUCGGAGGGUGGCGCAGGCAGUAGUGGAACAGCUGGGGCUAUGUUUGACGAUAGUGCAGCAGCUGAUCUGUCUUUGUGCUCAGCCCACCUAUUACCAGACACCACCCUACCUCCCUGGGACAUGGAACCAUCGCCGCCACCCUCGGCAGGGCUGCUGGAGCGUUCUAAGAGCAGCCGCUACCUCUCCACGGCCGGCACAGGGUUCCUGGACGAGCCUCCACUGGUCAAGUCCCACAGCCUCAUGUUCACACCAAGGGGCUGCUACAGUGGGCUGGGGGCAGGAGUCCAAGUAAAAGCAGCAGAAUACACCAGCAUCACUGACUGCAUCGAUACACGCUGUGUCUCCUCUCCGUACCCUCCUGCAGAGCGCUCGCACUCCCCGGGAGGAUCCACCUCCUUCUCUUUUGACAAGCCACCAGACCUGGGUUCCUCUCACCCAGAAAGAGAGGCAGAGCUUAGCCACACAGAUUCUGAUCCAGAGGACCCCGAGGACCUGGUUCCAGCCCCUGAUACCCCUCGAUUAGGGGGCCUUGGUGGGCCCAGUGGGGCCCCUCUCUGCUCCCCCUUCUCCAGGCUGGAGCGAGCAAACAGCUGCUCUUCAGACGACUCCCAUCCUUCCCUCACCCUGGCCCCUCCGCACCGGAAGAGCCUGUCGGUGAGCGAGAGGAUGGAGAGGGGACCAGGUCUGGGGGCAGAAAGGGGGCCUGGGCCAGGAGGCCGGGGUUUGGGAGGAACCAGAAACCCAUUCCUCAGGAGCAAGUCUGGUGCGCGGCCUGAAACAGCCAAGACUGACAGCCUCUCCAUGAGGAAGCUGGCUACUCCAUCAGCUUUCCGCAGCUUCGAUAGACAAAACUAUACGUGACAGUGAGGAUGUUGGUCAGCACACCAAGAAUAAUAAUAGGACCAGGGAAGAAAACUUUAGGGCAAAUGUGAGAGCAGGGUGAAGUUGCUCAUAGAUGCUGAUGUGGGCCAGAUGUACAAUUUUCUCACUUGUGUUUUCAGGUCAGAAAAGGUGACGUAAAGCUCUGGAGGGCAACUUUACCCAGGAUCAGGAACCGAGGGAAGGGGGUGGGAGAUUGGGGUCCUACUGUACACCAGUCGAAAGCAAAGAGCUAUGAAUCUAGGCUAGUUUUUACCUCCUCUUGUAGCUAAGUAACUCUCAAUGGGGUGUUUUGGCAAUGGAAGGUGUAUGUGUAUGUCUUCCACCCACCACCUUUUACAUCAAGUAGACAUUCUGUCACUGUGUUACAUCACAUAUCAAUCACCAUGAUAGUAAAAGAAAGUAUACUGUAACUCUUAGCUACAUUAUAUGAUAGAAACUGUAAAGUCAAAGAGAGAGAAGGAGAGAGAAGAAAGAAAGGCAUGGCCAUCUGAUAAUGUCCCAGUAUAUUGGUCAGUGUUGUCAAAAAAUAACCUUAGAUUUUCCUUAGAUUUCCCUCUGCUCAUAUACUCAGACUCUACUCUGUAAGACCCAGGCAGUAGUUCAAAAAAAAAAAAAAAAAAAAAAAAAGAUUAGAAAUGAGUUUGGAACCUCCAGGACCGAGAAUUAUUGUGCUAACAUGGCAAUAACUUACCGCUAGAUACACAAAUACACCUUUCAAAUACGUAAAUAAAAAAUAUUUUGUUUGUAAAAGGAAAAUCAAACUUAUUUCUUACACUUUUGUUAAUGGAUCAUGGCAAAAUUCAUUAGAAAACAAGCUCUUUUCAAGAGUCCCACAGCUGAAUAUCCCUGUUUUGAUCAGAUCAGAUACAAACAGAAAACAGCAAGAUGGCAAAAUAUCACUGGGUCACACAGUGUUUUAGCAUAUAUCACUCAACAGAUUUUUACUUUAUGUGUCUCCAUUAAUGACGUUUGAGUGUCUGCAGUCUGUAGUGACUAGAACAGUAGAUGCUAGAGGUUUAAUUAGCCAUGUGAAACGAAUAAGAAACAAGUGUGGGAAAAAGUGACGUGGUUAGCAUCCACUGUUUUACAACUCAAGCUUGGGGCACAGCAUGGAGGCAAGGCGUGAAGCUGUAUCAGGAAAGUGAAAUGAGGGCAGGCACAUCUUUGAGGGCCAACACAUCAGGAAGGAAAGAAGAUGGAGCAGUUUUGUGAAAGGAAAUACAUACACAGUGCAGACAUUCACACACAUAUAUAGAUACACACACACACACAUAAACAGUUCCCUAUGAGGCUGUGUAGUCAGUGAAACUUUAAAUAUUGCUAUAAUAGAAAGUCCCAAAUUUAUCCCAGUCAGCUUUAACAAGUGCAAUUGCAAAAGUAGCGACAAGAGGCGGUAUGAACCGGUUUCAGAGGUAACGCCUGCUGUGAACUUCCUUUGCUUGCACAAAAAACCAAAAAUCAUUCCACUGUAGCUCUCUUCUUACCCAGCCCUCCUUCAUGUUUUUGGCAGUGGCAUUAUGUUGCAAGGGUUUGACACAAGCCUACAACUAAUGGAUCCGUCCUUCAUCUGUUCCAUACUUAUCAUUCAUUUGCUUUUCUCCUUUCUUUUAUAACUUCAUUCACUGAGCAACUGGAAAAGGAGACUUCCUACAAAAAAAAAAAGCAGCAGACU